GCCAGCCGGCCGAAAGACGAGCCGUCAGAGAAUCCGAGCCAGCCGCUAGCGACUCCAAGCCAAGAGAUGUCUUCGAAGAGAAAGGAUUUGCUCGGGGAUCACCCGACCCCUGAUAGCACGACAAAAGAGAAGCAGAGUUUUUUAAUUGGCGAUGAAGUCCUUAUGCAAAGGAAAGAUGGAAAUUUCUACUUGGGGACGGUCGUUAAAAUUGAUCUCUCCAGGGAUCAAUGUCUUGUCAAAUUUGGGGACAACACAGAUAGCUGGUCUGUAUUCUCAAGACUAACAAAACUAUCAACUGGCCUGGAUGUAAUGUGUGUGAAGUGUAAAGUGUCUGAAUCAAAGACAGACAAUGAUAUAAUCGUCUGUGAUAGGUGCUCACGAGGAUAUCACCAGUUAUGCCAUGUUCCUCAAGUGAAGAAUGAUGAACUGAAAGAUGAUUCAAAAUGGGAAUGCUCGAGAUGCCAAGAACUGCCUGGGAAACGGCAACUCCCUCCAAGAAAAUCAACUCAAGCCCUACCAGUCCCAAGGUCUCUCUCACCUUCUGUGCCCCCUCAGACCACCGUAUCUCCAGUGAAUACUGUUAGCGAACCUCAGAAGAAGAAAUUACCUUAUAACCUGUCUGACCUGCAUUGGGAUAUGCAACAUCGGGUAAAUACUGAGGGAAAAUAUUGUUAUUGCGGUAACUCAGGGAAGUGGUUCUUGCAAAUGCUCCAAUGUGGGCGAUGCCGCCAGUGGUUCCAUGGGAGAUGUAUCUCAUCAUUAAAAACACCCCUGUUUUAUGGUGAUAGAUUUUAUGUCUUCAUCUGUUUACUUUGCAAUUCGGGCAAGGAAUACCUUAGAAGACUGGAGUUGAAGUGGGUCGAUUUAGUUCAUUUAACAAUAUUUAAUUUAACGCUGAAGACCGCUAAGAAAUAUCAAGACGUCGAUUUAGAUAUUAUAAAUUUUAUUAAUACUGAAUGGAGUAACCUCCAGCUCCCACCAAAGAUAAUCGAAACAGAUGUUGCCGAAAGACGUGAGACAGUCAUGUCGGUCUUGACCAGCAAUAGGAACAGGUUCAAAUAUGGAAGAGAAGUCAAAAAAAGAACCACCAUGUGGGGUUUGAAAGUGAGAGUACCUCCUCCAACGCCUGUAUUUAGCCUUCCUCCGAACAAACCACUUACUGAUCAAGUUUUGUCUGAUGCUUGGAACAACAGCGCUCGGUUGAAAUUUCUCCCUGGCAAACUCUUGGAUUCGGAAAUUGUAAAGGAUUACAAUUUGUACCCAGAUUGGGAAAAGUUGAAGGAUACCUUGCCAGGCCUUGAACUGUUACAUGUUGAUACUAGGCUUCUCGUAUUGCCUAAUGGGGUCCCUGCAAACGGUCACAAUGUAUGCAUCAAAAGUUCAACCCCUUGCUAUCCUGAAUCUAGAUCUCAAAUUGAGCGCCGACUGAAAGCUCAAGUUGCUGAUGACAGACUGCGCAGCUUCAAGUCCAAAAAGUCCAAAAAACGAAACUUAGAAAAGAAUUCGAAGGAACAGGAGUUGCCACCGACUCCACCUUCCUCAGAGAGUAACCCGGAUGUAAACUUGACAACUCAGCCAGAUACAAGUGGGGAUGAGUCGUCUUCUAGAGGGACUUUGGAUUCUAUAAUCCCUCCACCAGCGGAUUUUGAAGGAAGAAACAACCCUUUUCUCUCGACAUCGCUACCUGUAAAUCUUGUACCUGUUUUGAGACCAACAAAGCGUCGGCUUAGUGAAAAGGAUAUUAUAAUCACUAGUAACGGAGAGAUUAAAAGACGAAGAGUAAGAAGAGUCGGAAAGCUUGGAGCUAGGGGGAUUCAUUUGGAAAAUGGAAGAAGGAUGAGGAGAAUAAAAUCAGCACAGACAACGCCGACAACAUCCCCAGUGAAGAGCCAGUCGAGCCUAAACAUGGAAGACUUAAAAAGUACUGUGAACCUCUAUUUUGGUGGUGUAAAUAGAAUUGCUGCAGGUGAAAAGUUUUCGGUCAGAGCAAAGCGUAUUUUGCCAGAUGGCAGAACUCAGUAUCUUAUAAAUUGGGGUUGCUCACCCACGUAAUAAACGUUUGAUUUUAGCAAAUUUAUCGAAUUUCUGGAAGUCAAAGGCCUUCCUGUUUUGUUUUUAUUAUUUUGAUUUUUAAAAAAGUUACCCCCCUACAAAUUGACUGAUUCUUAAUAAUUCAAUUCUUUCUCUAUUCGACUGAUUAGUUAUAUGUGUGAAUAUUUAUAAAUUUGAUUUUUUCAAUUAAAUUUGAAAUGGUUUUUUAGAAAAUGGUCUUGACUGCAAUUUGUCUUAAAUUAGGAAUCUCCUAUGGCAGUAGUAAAACAUUUAGUCAAAUUGUUUUUGCUCCAAAUAACUAUGAAGAUGAUACUGACCAUUUUCUGAAAUCAUUUCUUUUUUACUACAUCCAUAAUUUUUUUUUUUUCUAUCCUAGAAGAAUUAACUUGGAAUCUCCCAGUAAUUUUGAACUUUGAAAAUAAUGAUGCUGGGAUAUCAUAACGCUUGUUGCGUUUGAGACUGCAUUCUUAUUUAAGAUUGAGACGAGAAAUAUUUUUAAUAAGAAAACAAGUUAAUGGUGUUCGUUAAAGGCUGUUCUUUAUUAAAAAAAUGAAAGUGCUUUUUGAUAGCCAAUACAUUUAUUACCGGAAUUAUUAAAUAAAGAAUUAUAAAUGUCAUGUUUGUAAUCUUAGCAAACAUCAGUAAUUUCAUUUUUUAUUUAUAUUUUCACAAAUAUUAGAUUGAAGUAGAAUACAAUAUUUAAGUGAAGGCAGAUUCUUUUGUUUUUGGCACUUGAAAACCAAAAUUAAAUACUUUUGUCAUUUUUUAAUCAACAGGAUUACACGUUUUAUGGUCUCAAUUUUUUAAAUUGCCUAAUAUGUGUGAAGGUAGCAAUUACUAACGACAGUUGUUAUAUGACUUUUUCUGAUGUUUUGAUAUCAGCAACUGUACGUAUACCAAACUUUUGUACUAAUUUGAUGUAAAUAACCUAUUUUGUAACAAACCCCGAGCCCUGAUAUGGACGUUGUGAGCAAUGUUUUGUUUUUGUACAUAAUUAAUUAAUUUUUCCAUUUUGUUUUUGAUGUAUUCUCAUUUAAUUAUCAAUUUUUGUAUCUAUAUUGUUUAAAAUCAUCAGAUUUGGAAGUUAAGAGAGUUGUGUAGAGUAUUGAUAAGGAUGUAAAAUUGUACAAAAUAUAACAUCAUAAAGUAUAAAUUAUCUAUUAUAAAUAAAAUCUGAAAAUUACAAAAAAAAAAUUAUUAAAAGAAAUAAGAUAGUGAAUACGAAGAGCUAAAAAACUUGAAUGUCACUGAGCUUACUAGUAUUUUGUGUAAAGGAUGGUGGGGAUUGAAUGUUUAUUCUUCUUGUUUUUAGUUGUAGUAUCGUAGAGUGAACUGAAUCCUUAAAAUUGUAGAAGGCUGAUCCAUGUUCCAUAAACAAAAGUCAUAAUU